AUGAGACUCAUCAGAUGGUUGUAUAUGCUUUGUAAUAUUAUUAUGUCAGUAGAGGGCUGGGCUCCAAAGCUGACAGAAGAAAGUGAAUUGACUACCAACUGCUCUAACAUGGCUUUAAGAAUGGUUCCCUCACACUUGACUCCAGCCACAACCAUGCUGGAUUUACCCUAUAACCUCCUCUUUCAACUCCAGGGUUCAGACUUUCAUUCUUUCUAAUUGCACAUUCUGAUUCUAUGCCAUAACAGAAUCCAAAAGCUUGUCAAGAUCUUUGAAAUGAAGAGGGAGUUAAGCUAUUUAGACUUGUCUUACAAUAGACUGAAGAUCAUAACUUGGUCUUCACUGGUGGGUCUUAAACAUUUAGAUCUUUCCUUUAAUGACUUUGACUUGCUGCCUGUCUCCGAUGAGACUGGCAAAAUGAAAUGUCUGAAAACCCUAGGUUUGAGCAGGGCAAAAAUACGGAAAUCAGCUCAAAAAAUUGCUCAUUUGCAUCUCAAUACUGUCUUCUUAGAAUUGAGAGUUCUUUCUCAUUAUGAAGAAGGCAGCCUGCCCAUCCUAAACACCAUAACACUUCACAUCGUUUUACCAAUGAACACAAAUGUCUGGGUUCUUUUGUGUGAUGUAAUGAAGACCUCAGGAAUAUUAGAAAUGACAAAUAUAGAUGGCAAAAGCCAGUUUGUAAAUUAUGAGACUCCACAAAGUCUUAUUUUAGAGAAUGCCAAAAUGUCUACUCUGUUACUUCAUAAAGUUGACGUGCUAUGGGAUGAUCUUCUCCAUCUCUUCCAAUUUGUUUGGCAUACAUCAGUGGAAUACUUCUAGAUUCAAAACACGACCUGUGGAGGCAAGCUUUUUCUUGACCACAAUUCAUUUGACUACUCAAAUAUCAUAAGGAGGAUUAUAAAUUUGGAGCAUGUACGCUUCAGAGUUUUCUAUUUUCCCCAGGACAGAAUCUACUUGCUUUCUAACAAAAUGGAUGUAGAAUGCUUGACAAUAUCAGAUGCCCAAAUGCCACACCUACUUUUCCCUAAUUGUCCUAAAAGUUUCCAAUAUUUAAAUUUUGCCAAUAAUAUUUUAAUAGAUGACCUAUUUUUAAAACCUAUCCAAUUGCCUUAUCUGAAAACACUCGUUUUGAAGGGCAACAGAUUGCAGACUCUCUCCUUAGUAAGUUGCUUUGCCAACAACACACCCUUGCUUCACUUGGAUCUGAGCCAGAAUCUAUUACAACAUGAAAAUGAGGAAAAUUGCUUGUGGCCAGACACCUUGAUCCUCAUGAACUUGUCAUCCAAUAAAUUUGCUGAUUCUGUUUUCAGGUGUUUUCCCAGAAGUAUUCAAAUACUGGAUCUGAACAAUAACAAAAUUCAAACUGUCCCUAAAGAGAUCCACUUGAAGUCUUUACAAGAGCUAAAUAUUGCAUUUAAUUUUCUGACCAAUCUCCCUGAGUGCAGUCAUUUCACAAGACUCUUGGUUCUGAAUACUGAAAUGAAUUUAAUUCUCAGCCAUCUCUGAAUUUUUUUUCAGAGAUGCCAAGAAGUUAAGACUCUAAAUGCAGGAAGAAAUUCAUUCUGGUGCACUUGUGAAUUAAGAGAUUUCAUUCAGCUUGAAAAAUAUUCAGAGGGCAAGAGUUGCAAAUACCCUUUGAGUUGAAAGGGGACUCAGUUAAAAGAUGCUUAUCUUCCUGGAUUAUCUUAUAACACAGCUUUGUUAAUUGUCACCAUUGUGCUGGUCAUGAUAGUUCUGGGGAUGGCUGUGUUCUGCUUCCAUUUUGAUCUUCCCUAGUAUCUCAGGACACUAGGUCAGUGGACAUGGACACAUCACAGAGUCAGGAAGACAAGGAAAGAUGUGCUUAAGAGAAGUGUGCAAUUCCAUGCAUUUAUUUCAUACACUGAACAUGAUUCUGUCUGGGUGAAGAAUGAGUUGAUUCCCAAUCUAGAGAAAGAAGAUGGCUCUGUCUUAAUUUGUCUUCCUGAGAGACACUUUGACCCUGACGGGAACAUUGCUGAAAAUGUUAUAAGCUGCAUUGAGAAAAGCUAGUCCAUCUUUGUUUUGUCUCCUUACUUUGUCCAGAGUGAGUGGUGCCAUUAUGAACUUUAUCUUACCUGUCACAAUCCCUUUCACAACAAUUUUGAUUACAUCCUUCUUAUAUUACUGGAACCUGUACCCUUCUACUGCAUUUCCACCAGGUUUCACAAGCUGGGAGCUCUUUUGGAAAAGAAAGCAGACUUAGAAUGGCUCAAGGAUAAGCGUAAAUGUGGGCUUUUGGGGGCAAACAUUCGAGCUGCUGUUAAUUUAUCAGAUACCAGAGAAAUGUGUGAACUACAGACAUUCAAAGAGCAUGGUGGAGACUACCAAGAUUCCACGAUCUCUCUGAUAAAAACAUGCUGCUCAUAA